GACGACGUCGCGAUUGUUGAUGUUUUGAUGUUGUCAACUAUUCCCUUUGUUCUAUCAUAGUCAUCUCCGACAACAAAUUUUCAUACCACCUCAAGACUUUUUGAUGCAAUUCAUUUGUGCAGGAACCCGUGGGCUGCAUUGACAAAAUGAUGCAGCACAUGACAUUGAUGCAAGAGGGACCCAUCAAUACCCUCGCCCUCAACCGAGACUGCAAUAAAGUGGUAGUUACCGGCAGAAAUGUAUUCAAAGUGUGUGAAAUAAAAGAUACAGGUUUUGUAGAAAGAGACAACAUCCGAACAGGAAAGAAUUCAAAUUUAAAUUUUUCUUGUAAUGAUGCCUCCUGGAACCCUGUGGAUGAACAAUGGCUGGCCACAGCAGCCACUAAUGGAGCAGUUGUUCUAUGGAACAUUCAGAAAUCCAUCAAACUGAAACAGGAAACAGUUUAUAAUGAUCACAAACGAACUGUUAAUAAGGUGACUUUCCAUGGUUCAGAACAUAACAUGUUGUUAUCAGGCUCUCAGGAUGGAACUAUGAAAUAUUUUGACAUUCGAAUGAAAGCAGCCGUAAUGACAUUUGUCAGUAACGCUGAAAGUGUACGUGAUGUCCAAUUCAACCCACACCAGUGUUUUAGUUUCGCUGCUGUUUCAGAAAACGGUACAGUUCAGUUGUGGGAUCUACGUCGCCAAGAUCGAUGCGAAAAACAGUUUACAGCUCACAGUGGUCCUGUUUUUGCUUGCGAUUGGCAUCCAGAAAACAAAACGUGGCUCGCCACAGCCGGUAGAGACCGUGCUGUCAAGGUAUGGGAUUUGGGUUACCGGCCGGUAUUGGAACACACCGUUACAACAAUGGCAUCAGUGGGCCGUAUCAAAUGGCGCCCACAAAGGAUGUAUCACAUCGCCAGCUGCGCUCUUGUUAUCGACAGUGUUAUUCAUGUGUGGGACGUUCGACGACCUUACAUCCCGCAUGCUUCUUUUAAUGACCAUAAAGACAUCACAACUGGCAUUGCCUGGAGAGGUUCACCGGACGUUUUGUUAUCCACUAGCAAAGAUUCCUAUCUCAUCCAACACGUAAUUGCAGAUGCGGAAAGACCAAUGGAGAAAGCGAAUCCCAUCUGCGUCACUUACAAUUCCAAGGGAAGUCUGACGUCAGCCUCAGUUGAUAGGAAUUCCAAGAAGAAUAAACAUCCAACCCUACCGAGGAAACCUAAAUUAGAAUCAGAAGACUAUCCAGCCGUGCGCUGUUCCAUUUAUGUUUUCGAAAACGUAAAACCGACGCCUGCCCAAGUGUUUCGGGAUUGUGCACAAAAUUAUUGGUUACAGACAACGACAGGCAAAUCUCUCAGUGAAAUCUGUGACCACAAUGCAGUAGUGGCGGCAAAUGCCGGUCGACUUCAGGUGGCUACCAUUUGGCGUGUGGUUAAACUUCUGUUUGGCUUUUCUGGUCUGGAAUUUGCUCCACCUUCAGCGGUGGCAUCAGUCGGAUCCAGUCGGCCAGUGCCAGUCAAUAAGGAAGAGUCAGAGCCAGGAGAUUCCAGCAAAGACGCGUCUUCCCGCGCUGGCACGAGACAUCAGUCGGGAAAUGUGGCUUUUCCAACUCAGCAGACGGGCCAACAAAGCGAACCCUUAGUCAAUGGAAGCGGAUCCAACAACAGCAAUAGUGCACCGACGUCUAAUAGUAAUGAAAGGGGCGUGUCUGACACUUCUGGAGGAGUCAGCGAAGAAGCCGAAUCUGAGGUGGAAGAUAUUGAUUCACAGAUAAUGUUGUCGCACAUCGCUAGUGGAUCCCACUUUAACACGAGUGACUUUUUCUUCGGAGAUGCCGAGGCGGAUGUGUUGAACGACUUUGGUGACACGUCUGAUUCUGUGCAAGGGAGUAAAAACAGCGGGGAAACAGACCAACAACAGCAACAACAGCAAUCUAGUCAGAUGGAUUGGAUUUUACCCUGCGAAGCCUUUCAACUUCGUCAUGAAAUUAAAGAUCGAUCUCCUCCUCCAGAACAUUUUACCAGUCACUGCUUUGCCGGGACUCGCAUUGAAGCUCAAAUGGUUGAAGUAGAGGAUACAACCUCAGCCCUUUUAUGUCUGCCGGGCUCGUCCAGUAGUCUCGGCACGACAUGUUGGAGUGGCGUUUCCAAUGCCGUCGAGAUGGUCUACCACAUGGCCGAAGAAGGAGACGUCCAGACUGCCGUGACGCUCAUUUUGGUUUUAGGAGAUCGAAUUCGUCAUUUGUUAAAUGAGGCGGCUGUUGAGCACUGGAUCCUCGCGUAUAUUGAUUGCCUUAGUAGAUGUCGGUUAUGGAACACGGCGGCUUUAGUAGUCAAACUGUCGCAAUGUGAAAGUGUGCAACUCCGAUUCGAUGUCUACCCAACUCACUGCAAUUUGUGCAGUCGGGCCUUGCAGCGACGUGGUUGGCUCUGUGAUUCCUGCAAAACUAUCACCAACACGUGUUCGCUUUGCCAUUUAGUUGUUCGAGGCCUCUACGUCUGGUGUCGAGGUUGUUCACACGGUGGUCAUUUACUUCACAUUCGCGAGUGGUUUGCCCGGAAUACGGAUUGUCCAACUGGAUGUGGUCAUGUCUGUGAAUUUGAUUAAAUAUUUGACGUGUCACACACUCUAUAUACAUAACAUGAAAAUCUAA